AUGAGUUUCGGAGGUCAAACACCAACUGUUGUUGUCUUGAAAGAAGGAACCGAUACCUCCCAGGGGAAAGGUCAAAUCAUUUCUAAUAUUAAUGCUUGUGUUGCCAUUCAAGAAACUUUGAAACCAACUUUAGGUCCAUUAGGUUCAGAUAUCUUAUUAGUUAGUGGUAAUGGGAAAACUACAAUCUCAAAUGAUGGUGCUACUAUCUUGAAAUUAUUAGAUGUUGUUCAUCCAGCUGCUCAAAUCCUUGUUGAUAUUUCAAGAUCUCAAGAUGCUGAAGUUGGUGAUGGUACAACUUCUGUUACUAUAUUAGCUGGUGAAUUAUUAAAAGAAAGUAAAAGUUUUAUUGAAGAAGGUAUUUCAUCUCAUGUUAUUACAAAAGGUUAUAGAAAAGCUGUUGGAUUAGCUGUUAAAAAAAUUAAAGAAUUAUCUGUUAAGAUUGAUAAAUCAAAAUCAAGUGAAACUGAAUAUCGUGAAUUAUUAGAAAGAUGUGCAAGAACUGCAAUGUCAUCAAAAUUAAUUAAUAAUAACUCUCAAUUCUUUGUUAAAAUGGUUGUUGAUGCUGUUUUAUCAUUAGAUCAAGAAGAUUUAAAUGAAAGAUUAAUUGGUAUUAAAAAAGUUCCAGGUGGUGGUAUUGAAGAUUCAUUAUUUAUUGAUGGUGUUGCUUUUAAAAAAACAUUUUCAUAUGCAGGUUUUGAACAACAACCAAAAAAAUUUAAAAAUGCAAAAAUUUUAAAUUUAAAUGUUGAAUUAGAAUUAAAAGCUGAAAAAGAUAAUGCAGAAGUUAGAGUUGAAAAAAUUAAUGAUUAUCAAGAUAUUGUUGAUGCAGAAUGGCAAAUCAUAUUAAAUAAAUUAAAAUUAAUAGAAGAAACUGGUGCAAAUAUUGUUUUAUCAAAAUUACCAAUUGGUGAUUUAGCAACUCAAUAUUUUGCUGAUAGAAAUAUUUUUUGUGCAGGUAGAGUUGCAUCAGAAGAUAUGGAUAGAGUUAUUCAAGCUGUUGGUGGUUCUAUACAGUCAACUCCAACUGAUAUUAAACAAGAACAUUUAGGUUCAUGUGAAGAUUUUGAAGAAGUUCAAAUAGGUUCAGAAAGAUAUAAUUUAUUUAAAGGUUGUCCAGAAGCUAAAACUUGUACUUUAAUAUUAAGAGGUGGUGCUGAACAAGUUAUUGCUGAAGUUGAAAGAUCUUUACAUGAUGCUAUUAUGAUUGUUAAAAGAGCUGUACAAAAUAAUGAAGUUGUUGCUGGAGGUGGUGCUGUAGAGAUGGAAAUUUCAAAAUAUUUAAGAGAAAUUUCUAAAAAAAUUGCAGGUAAAGAACAAUUAAUUAUAAGUGCAUUUGCUAAAAGUUUAGAAGUCAUUCCAAGACAAUUAUGUGAAAAUGCAGGUUUUGAUGGUACAGAUUUAUUAAAUAAAUUAAGAAUGGCUCAUGCAAAGGGUAAAACUUGGUAUGGUAUUAAUUUUAAUACUGAAUCAAUUGGUGAUAAUUUUGAAGAAUUUAUUUGGGAACCUGCUUUAGUUAAAAUUAAUGCAUUAUCAAGUGCUACUGAAGCUGCUAAUUUAGUUCUUUCUGUUGAUGAAACUAUUAAAAAUAAAGAAAGUGGUGGUCCAAAUGCUGGUAUGGCACCUCCACCAGGUAGAGGUAUGGGUGUUCCACGUUAA